GCAUUCUGCCCUCAUUUUCCUUGUUGUGCUGCUGCUUCUUAUAUCAAUGUUUUCUGAUAUUUCAAAACCAGAUCCUGUCCUGCUAGUAAAGCACACUGACACCAUGUGUGAUGGGCAUGUAAAGCAGGGAGUAGAUGGCUGUCUGUCCCAUGAUUGACACAGGGGGCAGUGCCCAGGAGGAGGUGGUAGUCCUGAGAGCCAGCCCUCUGACUGUGAGUGCAGCCCAUGUGCUGUAUAUCUAUGAGUGAGGCUCAGGCUUGUGUAAGCAGUGCUGGGGAACCCUCUCACUCAUUUGCUGGAGUCCAAGGGAAUGUUUAUACUUAACACAAACAUGGCCGCCCUCAGAGCAGCACACCGGCUGCUGGCUCACAGUAAGUGUUCAGUUUGUUUGGCUAUGGUGGGGGUGUGGGGGCCAGGACUGUGCUCUUUCUGUGGGUUUAUGUGGGGAGGGAGGUCACUGGGGGUCUCUGUGUCCUCUGAGUCUGGCGCCAGUUUCUUAAUGGCCAGCUAGUGACCUUCUACUUACCGAUCCUUAGUACAUAACACCUGCCAACUGUGUGUAUCCAGUACCUUUACCUUCAAUGCAUUGUGAGCAGGCUGUACACACCCACACCAUACUAACCGGUGAUGUAAUGGGAGAAUAUUGUAUAAUUUCUGUAAUGUUACCCUCUAUCACUAUAUAUACACACCGUGCUUACUGUGCCACCCCGAGAGAGAGAGAGAGAGAGUGUAUAUAUCUCUAUCGUGCAUACUGUGCCAGCCCCAUAACUCCAUACUAUAUGUAUAUACUGUGCCUGCCCCAUAAACUCAUACUAUAUGUAUAUACUGUGACUACCCCCCAUAACCCCAUACUAUAUGUAUAUACUGUGACUACCCCCAUAACCCCAUACUAUAUGUAUAUACUGUGCCAGCUCCCCAUAACUCCAUACUAUAUGUAUAUACAGUGCAUACUGUGCCAGCCCCCCCAUAACUCCAUACUAUAUGUAUAUACAGUGCAUACUGUGCCAGCCCCCCCAUAACUCCAUACUAUAUGUAUAUAAUCUACCGUGCCUGCCCUCCAUAACCUCAUACUAUAUGUCGAUACUGUGCAUACUGUGCCAGACCCCCAUAACUCCAUACUAUAUGUAUAUAUCAUGCAUACUGUGCCACUCUUCUCUCCCACACAUUUUAUAUAUCACAUAUUCCAUAGAUCAUGCAUACUGUGCCAGGCACCCUAAUUCCCUAUAAUAUAUUGCAUAUACAUAGAUUGUGCAUAAGGUGCCAACCCCUUUUACUCCUCUAUUUGUAUUCACCAUUAUUAUGGAUAGUGCUCCAGUCCCCUUAAUCCAAAACUGUUUUUUUUUGCCUUCUUUUGGAUCAACAGCAAAAAACAAAUGUGAGGAAGGCUGAACUUGAUGGACGCAAGUCUCUUUUCAGCUAUGUAACUAUGUAACUGUAUUCAACAGCUUCUUCUCAUCCUCCGCAAUAUCUGUCUACAAGAUACUGCUCUCUCCUGGUGCUCCUCCUACCUCUCCCAGCGCUCUUUCAGUGUUUCUUUCUCUGGCUCUGCUUCUUCUCCCCAAAUCCUCUCUGUUGGUGUCCCCCAAGGUUCAGUCCUUGGUCCUCUACUGUUCUCCAUCUAUCCUGCCUCCCUUGGUAAACUCAUUAGCUCCUUUGGCUUCCAAUAUCAUUUCUAUGCAGAUGACACGCAAAUCUACCUGUCCUCUCCUGAUCUCUCCCCGUCCCUCUUGACUAGUGUCUCUGACUGCCUCUCUGCUGUUUCUAACUGGAUGGCUGCCCACUUCCUUAAACUAAAUUUGAACAAAACUGAAAUUCUGGUCUUUCCUCCCUCAAGUGUUGUUACUCCUGUGUCUGUCUCCUUCCAAGUCAACGGUGCUACCAUCCGCUCCACCACGCAGGCUCGCUGCCUAGGUGUUCUCUUUGACUCCGACCUCUCCUUCAAGCCUCAUGUUUAAUCUAUCUCCAAAUCCUGUCAUUUCCAUCUCAAAAACAUUGCGCGCAUCCGCCCCUACUUAACGCCAGAUGCGACUAAGGUGUUGGCCCAUUCCACUGUCCUUUCUCGCCUUGACUACUGUAAUCCGCUUCUCAGUGGUCUUACGUGCUCCCAACUAGCGCCGUUACAGUCCAUAAUUAAUGCGGCGGCGGGGCUCAUCUUCCUGUCUGCCCACACCUCCCAUGCCUCACCCUUCUGUCAGUCCCUACAUUGGCGUCCUAUAAAAUAUAGAGCUCAAUUUAAAAUUCUGGUUCUUGCUUUCAAAUCUCUACAUAAUGCUGCUCCCACCUAUCUAUCCUCCCUUAUACACAAGUAUGUCCCGUCUAGGCCCUUACGAUCUGCUGAAGACUUAGGUCUAUCUUCUGUCCGUACUCCCACCUCUGAUGCUUGCCUUCAAGAUUUCUCGAGGGCUGCACCGUUCCUGUGGAACUCACUUCCCUCCUCCGUUAGAUGCUCACCCAGUCUCCACUCCUUCAAAAAAUCGUUAAAAACCCACUUCUUCAUAAAAGCGUAUCAAUUAAACUGUUAAUAGCUCCUGACUGAUUCCUCUUCUGCAACUGUCAUUAGUCUAAUACUAUCCUUACCUUUUUGUGUCAUUUUACCCCACUCCCUCUAGCAUGUAAGCUCAUUGAGCAGGGCCCUCAACCCCUCUGUUCCUGUGUGUCCAACUUGUUUGGUUACAACUACAUGUCUGUUCGUCCACCCAUUGUAAAGCGCUGCGGAAUUUGACGGCGCUCUAUAAAUAUCAUAAUAAUAAUAUUCUCCAUUAUUCUGUAUACUGUACUAUCAGUGUGCUAAUGCCCUUACUCCACUAACUGUAUUCUCCAUUAUUCUGUAUACUGCACUAUGCCAACUCCCCUGCUCCAUUAACUGUAAUUCCUGUCCUGUAUGCUCUGCUUGCCCCAUAAUUUUACGCAUUUUAUUCCCAAAUGAUAUACAUACUGUGCUGCUCUCCUUGAAUUGCAAAGAAUCCCAAUUCCCCAGACCUUAUUCCUGUCAGUGUACUAAUUCCAUACCUUUUGUCCUAUUAUCAUAUAUACAGUGUUGCUGUCAUCUUUUCAUACAUAUUGGUUAGCUCCCGAAAUUCACAUUGUAUCCGUGUUAUCUUUUCAUACAUAUUGCGCCCAGCCCUUAAUUCUACACACGGUGGGGCUGAUUUUAUCAGAGUAAAACAGUUGCUAUUCUGGGUGUAAAGUGUUAAAUGUUGAUAGACAUGCUACUGGUAUCCACUAUAAUUCUUGUAUUAAUUUGGUCAUAACUGACACCUGUUUUUCCCCGAUAAAUGUUGCCUUGUAUUCCCUAUUCCUAAAUCAUAUACAUGUCCGCUUUCUAAUUCUACACAACCCUUUUUAUUCAUGACUUAAAAUUUGAAGUCCUGUGUUACUAGCCAAGGUUUAAAAGUUACUCGCCAGUGAAUUUCCACUGUCAGUGCUAUGUUUUCACUCAGAUACGCAGAUCUUGUGCAAAUUGAGCUAAUCCCUCUAUUCCCUACUGACCCUCUAAUAAUGUAAAUGAAAGAACCAUGUUUUCAGAUCUCAUGUAUUAUGUCACACUGGACCUUUUUAUAUUGGUUUGUACAGCAUAUAUUAAUAACUUGGUGCCAGAUGACCAAAGAAUUCUACCCUACUCAAAUUCUUCAAACGUUCUGUUGCAUGUGCUCCUGCCAUUUACCCUACAAAUAUAUCCUCUUAUGUAGGCGCUCUCCAAAAACGUUUCAUACUGGCUGUAAUCCCCUGGUCUGUGCUCCCUAUAAUUUGCAUAUCCUCUUUCUAAAUAACGUAUUAAACUAAAUGAACCCCCUUCACCAAUUGCAUGGAAUACUUGUCUAAUUAUAUACAAUUUACACUUUUUUUUUUUUUCUCAGUUGUAUUUUAAGGCACCCUUAUUUACAAAUAUUCUUCAGAUACCAUAGACCAGGGGUAGGCAACCUUUUAGCAGCACUGUGCCGAAAUAAGAUUGUGAUGUCCCGUAGUGUGCUGGUCCUAUUUUUUUUAUUUUUUUUAUUGAUGUUGCCAUAUUCUGCUUGUGUUAUUUAUUCUGUAAUUGCUUUGCAUCAUUAUAUUUGUGCAUAUAUGAGCUAUUAUUUUGUAUAUGUUCACAAGAUAAUGGUGGUAUCGUGUAUGAUACAUAUGAAUGUGGGCUCUGGAUGGGGGAUGCUUGUGGAAUUGGAUGUGGAUGGAUAUGUCACAUUGUGUGUUUGGUAGUGUGUGGAUGUAAAGGGCUGUUUGGGGCAUUGCAUGUGAGAGGCUAUGUGUGGGGUUGUGUGCAUGUAUGUGGAUUGUUAGUGGUGUUGAAUCUGUGGGGAUUGUGUGUGUUUGUGUGUGGGCUGUUGGUAUUAUUUGUAUGAGGGGAAGGUUAUUCUGCAGCUCUGUGUAUAUCUAGCAGUUUAGGUGGGUUCUAGUGGAGACCAGGCUGGCCAGGUAAAUUAGCUCAAGGACAGGAGCUGCAAGAGCAGCUACAGUAUGGAUUCCCAUUCACAAGUGCUGGGAGGAAGUGAUUUGAGAUCAGUUUCUCUACGUGCUGCAAUGCAUAAACUGAGGAUUGUCCUUCACCACCUCUUCGUAUUAGCAGAUAUCUGAAGUUUCACUGGGACUCUUGAUAGGACAGAGCCUGUUUGGCUCUGGCAGGCUUGAGUGCCGUGCAAAGACACCUUGAGUGUCGUGCAUGGCACACGUGCCAUAGGUUGCCUACCCCUGCCAUAGACCAAUGGGUUUCAAACACUUGAAGUGGCACGCUUCAAAGAGAGCGAGAAAUGGUUUAUACCUUUUUAUUACUAGAUUACUUACUAGAGAGGUAUGCACUUCUAGCUAAAUUGACCUGCUAGUUUUAAUUUAACUACCAGAUGAGAAUAACUUUUUUGUUUAACCCCUUAAGGACUAAACUUCUGGAAUAAAAGGGAAUCAUGGCAUCUCGCACAUGUCAUGUGUCCUUAAGGGGUUAACGUUUACAUUUAUUAAAUUGGUUUUGCAAAGACCCCUGAUGGUGACUGCUCAGCUUGUAGUGCACUGGCACCUGGGUGCACGGGAAGGUGAUGUUUACUGCUAUGAAGAUGUCCUUUGUACCAUCGUCAUCCAAUGGGUCCACUUGAGCUCUAACACAAAACAUGAGUAUUCCAUAAAGAUUUUAUCUAUUUUUCAUUUAUUUUUUGGGGGAAGGGGAUUAGUGGAGCUUUAAAAAUAGGCACUUAAAGCAAAGUGUUUGCUUUGCAAGAUUUUGGGGAUAUUAUGUCUAUCCCCUAUAUAUAAAAUAAAUAUAUGUAUGUCUAUAUGUAUUUGGGAGGUGUUAAUUUUUUUAUUUUUUUUUGAUGAUUUUCAAUGUUUUAUCAGUGGUAUAAUGUUCAGAGAAGUAACACUGCUCUUUAAAAAUCGUUACUCAUUAGUGUGCCACAACAUGGAUUGAAUGAUCUUCUUUGUCUGUGACUGAGGAUAAAUAAUAUUUGUUUUACAUAUUCGAGAGUUCUGUUUGCAUUGAUUCCAUGAAUGAAAGAAGUGAAAAGUAAAAUGGAUGACUUGGCACCAUUUCCAGAUCUAGUUUUCCAGCUCUAUUUUGGUCUAAAAUGUACAAUUUUUAUUCAUAAAUAUGCCACAGUUCCUAAUAAAGUGAAUAACCCUGGCAGUCAUUAGAGAUAUAUAAUCACUAUAUGUGUACUGGAAAGGCAUAAUCUUUUGCAUGUUAUGGGUUGUGCUGCCCUUAGAUGCUUUGCUUCAGGCAUUAGUGACUGAGGACACCCAGUAAUGCAGGCUGUCUGUUUGUGAAUAGGAUUAGCUUCUGCCGGUUACACAAUACAGAAUCCUUGCAUAAUGCUGUCUCUCUAGCCCUGCUUCUGAAAACUGGAAGUACUGUGCGAUGGUUCUCUGUAAACCCGAAAGUAACUCUGUACUGCUCUGUGCAUGUAGGGUGCCUGUGAAAUAACAAUGUAUCUCUUUAAUAAUUAUUCAGGAUUAUUUUAACAUUUCCUUAAACAAAAAGUGUGCUUUUACUUUCAUUUAAAACCACAUUUACAUGGACUUUUUAAAAAUGAAAAUAAAACCUUGAUAAAAGAUACAGGAAAUAAAUCAUCUUCAGAUGUUCACACCUCUAGGUGUUGCUCUAAAAGUAGAGCUGUUCUGUUAUUGAAUGGCAAAUACUUUUUCCUUGUAAAAUAAUAAAACCACAGGAGCGCGAACAUGUUUCAAUGCCAUUAUUCCCAGAUCCUGGACAUGGGCUUAAGAUGUAUUCCUCUUGUCAAGUUCAUUGGGACGCCAGGCGUAGCCAUGAAACUUUGACGUAUGUCAGGUAAUGUUGAAUGUAAGACUUGCUUUUUGUGUGAUUUUAGACUUUUAUACUCCCUGAAAAUUAGAUCUGUUGCUGAUUGGUUGAAAGUUAAAAUUCAGUUUUUUGUAUUUUAUGAUUCAUACAACACUCCUGUCCCUUUAAGCGCUUGUUGAAGUGCUUUAGAUACCCCAUGUAGGCUAUUUUUUAUGUAAGAGCCAAUCUCAGGAGAAAUCAGCACUUUAAUAAAUACAUUUAUUAAAGGACCACUAUAGUGCCAGGAAAACAUACUCGUUUUCCUGGCACUAUAGUGCCCUGAGGGUGCCCCCACCCUCAGGGUCCCCCUCCCGCCGUGCUCUGGGGAGAGGAAGGGGUUAAACACUAACCUUUCUCCAGCGCCGGGCGGGGAGCUUUCCUCCUCCUCCUCUCCUUCUUCCUAGCGACGUCGUCUGAAUGCGCAGGAGCUGCGCGCGCAUUCAGUCAGUCUCAUAGGAAAGCAUUCAUAAUGCUUUCCUAUGGACGCUGGCUUUUUCACAGUGAGAAGCACGCAAGCGGCUGUCAAUGAGACAGCCACUAGAGGCUUUAGAGGCUGGAUUAACCCUCAGUGUAAACAUAGCAGUAUAUAUAAUUAACCCUAGCUGGACCAGGCACCCAGACCACUUCAUUAAGCUGAAGUGGUCUGGGUGCCUAUAGUGGUGCUUUAAUCUCUCCUAGCGUUCAAACAGAUAGCAAAGAGGUAACACUUGUUCUGAGUGUAUGAGGAGCACCUGAUUGAACACAAGUCAUUAGUAUUGAUGACUUAUCAGGAGGCAGAUUGGGGAAGCAGUAAGGGCUCUCCUGGCUCUUUAAAAAAGGUUAGUUUAACUGAUUUUUUUUGAUAUAUAUAUAUAUAUAUAAAUAUCCUGAACAUUGGAAGCUUACAAACAUGUGUUACUAAUAUUCUAGUGCCCUCUCACCUGUCUAGGUGUCCGAGCUCCCUACCUGCGUGAGAGUUUGAAAAGUUAGUAUUACUUGCUCUUCUCUCUGCCAGUCCCACCUCACUGUUGAUGAUCUCAGCCAAUCAAAAGCUUCCCCAUAGGGAACAUUGGGAGGCUAGUGCACAUAUGAAGUAAACUGCUGUGCUGCGUCAAUCGAAUGCUGCUUUAGGAGCGUCAUUUGAUCUAUAACUGAGUUCUACUUGGUUAUAGCAAGUGACUCUCUAGUGGCUGUUAGCCACUAGAGGCAUGUUAAAUCUACAAUGUAAAUAUUACCAUUCUGAAAGAAUGUCAAUAUUUUACAUUCCAUGCUUGAACAGACUGGGCACAGCACCAAGACUACAUUGGGAUGAAGUGGUCUAGGUACCUCUAGUGUCCCUUUAGGUUCUAGACUUUUUAUAAAGGUACACUCAAAUAGCAUCCUGAUCAUAUAUUAUAUGUCUUACUGUUUAUGACCAAUGUUUUCUUUGUACAGCUGUGAAAAAUGAGAACACACUGAAAAUGCGAUGGAUUGCAAGUGCGGCCACAGCUUCCACACAGCCUGCAGUCCAUCCAGAUAAGAGGUAGCUAACCAUAUAUACUUCCAUACUGUCAGAACCCAGACUGCAGAGACACAUUUUAAUCAAUGACAAUGUUAAUUUCUCAUAUGCUCAUACUGUAGGUACUCGAAUAUCAGUACUGUAAGACUAUGGAGUGCUUGGAUAACACUGAUAACCAAUCUAAAAAGCCAUUAGACAGCGAAAUAUAUCCAUACUCACACUAGCACCAAUAUUGAUACAAACAUUAGAUCAAAGUCACCUCCGUAAUAAUUGCACAGCUCAAAACCUAUUUGCAAGUGUUUUUUUGUGUUUUUAUGUUUUUUGUUUUCUUGUUUUUUUUUGUUUUGUUUUUUUUUCACUUUAUGUAAUAUGGAAGGUUGACAAGGCAUAGCCAGGCAAAUUAUGUAAAUCUCCUGCUAUUCAUGAUACUUUGCAUGUCCUCAUUGCAAGGAUGCUUGCAGUCCUGACAAUAUGAGAAGAUGUCUAAGCAUGCACUUUAGGUUUUUCACGUUGGUAUCUCCACAAAAACUCAUCUAAUCAUGCACAAUUCUAAGAUUCAACAUAGAAGUGUAUUGUAGCAUUGUUCAUACCUUUUCUCUUUUUUUCAUUCUCCCCUUGAGGAAACCAAAGACUGGGAUCCUUAUGUUAAACAUGGGAGGUCCUGAAACAACAGAUGAUGUUCACAAUUUCCUACAGCGCCUAUUUUUGGACAAAGACCUCAUGACUCUUCCAGCACAAAGGUAAGGAUGCUUCACUAAUAUGGCUUUCCACCAACGUGGUUUUAAUUAUUUUAACAUACAGCCAUUUUUGUUCUCUGACCCAAAUGUUUAAUACACCCCUUGUCACUUAAUAUCCAAAGUAAACCGAAAUGGAAGAUUUAUGCUUAAUGUGCGAAUGUUCAAUGUAGUAGUAAGGCCCAUAUGUGGAGGGCAGCAUUAAUUAUAAAAUGUUGCAAAUGCAUACAGUUUAAUAAUAAAAAAUUGUUGAUGUUGGCUAGAUUUCAUGAUUCAAUAUAAGUUUAACUGAACAGCCAUCAUUCCUCUAAUGCUUUUUGAUUACCGGAGAUACACGUACCGUAUCAUUGUAUCCAGUUUUAGAUACACAUGUGAAGUUUAUUUCCCAUAAUGUUUGGCUAACCUUUUAAGAUAGAUUAUUGGAAAAGUGUUGACUUUUAUUCAACUAUAUUGGUCCAUAACUUACAUUUACCCUUCAGUGAAUAGUGCUCUUUAUUUUGUGCUUUUUAAUAGAAUAACUGCAACAUUACCCUUUCUUUCUUUCUUUUUUUUUUUUUUUUUUAAUAUAUAUUUUCAGCAAACUUGGGCCUUUCAUUGCCAAACGACGAACCCCCAAAAUCCAAGAACAAUAUAACAAGAUAGGUGGGGGAUCCCCCAUUAAAAAGUGGACAGCCCAGCAAGGGGAAGGAAUGGUAAAACUGUUGGAUGAACUAUCUCCUGCAACAGGUAUUGCUGCAUGCCUGUUUCUAUAAUGUGUCCCUAGGAAAUUGUUGUGUAGCCUUUAGGUUAAAUAGAUCCUAUAGUGCCCCCCUCCCGCAGGCUGAAGGGGUUAAAACCCCUACAGCCACUUACCUGAAUCCAACGCCAGUGUCCCCUGGCGCGGGGUCAGGCUCCGCCCAUGCUCUUCCUCAAUGCUUUAAUAUGGGGAAAAUCUGACGCUGGAGGUCUGUGAGGACGUACAACAUCAGAUAAUGGACCAAAAGUCAGUUUGGAUUCCGGAAGCGCCCCCAGUAGCUGUCUGGUAGACAGCCACAGAGGGCCGACUUAGAGCUGCAAUGUAAACACUGCAGUUCUCUGGAACGGCAAUGUUUUACAUUGCAGCACUAAGUGCAAUAGGGACACAGCACCCAGACCACUUCAAUUAGCUGAAUUGGUCUGGGUGCCAACAGUGUCCCUUUAACAUAUCAUUCCUUGUCAAUGACAUAAGAUGGAAAUGCCUUGCCUUGUUUGAGGGCCAAAUUUAGGUGUUUGUUACACUAUGAGCCCAGACAUCUAUGGUUGUUCUGAGAACAGGUAUCUGUUUGCUGUAUAAAUAUCCCCAAGCUCUAUUAGCAUUAUGAUGCCACACAAAUUUGCAUAUUUUGUUACAGACUCUAGAAGUGGCACAUAUGUAAAGAAUACAUUUGUGGCAAUAUCUUUAUUAUGGAGAGAGUUAAACCUAUUUGCUUUUCCGGAAUCCAUGCAAUAAUCUACCCUCUGGAAUGAGGAAAUUGUCUCUUUGAUAGACUUUAUUUACAGAAGGGAUUUUUUGUGUCUCUUUUUUUUUUUUUUUUUCUACAUUCAAAGUUAAAAUGAUCAUCUACUUUAAUUACUGUCAAAUGUAUGUUAUUCCUUAACAGUAUCAUUUUAAAGGUAUUAAAACCUCUUGUUGCAGGCCCCAGCUUUGUUUAUGUAUGUAUGUAUAUUAAUUUAUCUUGCACAUACAUGUGUCAUUUAAAUGUUAACUGGAGCAUAUACACCACUUUAAAGCUUGCUCAGAUCUUUAAAGCUGCAGUACUAGAUAAUCUGGGUUGGGUUUUGGAGACUGGCUAACGUGCAGUGAAAGGGAGGGAUGUUUCACCAGAUACUGUAAGGGGAAGAUAGUGUCUCCUUUUUAAAGGAAAAGUCCCACCUAAAUAACUAAAUUGGAAAAAAACUAUCUAUAAAUUCUCUAACUUGGACUAUGUCUCCUGUGUUUGUGUUGUGUCUUAUGACAUGGCAGCAGAUUUCCUCUCAGGGCCCAUAUAUUUUAGAAAAAAUGCCGCUGUUUUUCUCCCUCUUCUGAGGAGUGGUUAGUCCUACCUGGAAUGAGUUGUAAUCUUGAUUCCCCUUCCUGUCGACUGGCGUGGCAGUGGGCCAAAUUGCUGGUGAAAUUGAGCGCAAGCAGUAGAUGCCUCAGCUAACAAAUAAUGAAUUUACUGAUUCCGUGUGCUCCUCUUUAGUUGAAUAAUGCACCGUGUUCUAAUGAAAUGUUCUCUGCUAGACAGACCUGAGAGCGAUUUGGGGAGGAAUGUCUGUGCCCUACAAAUGCUCACAUUAAUAUAAGGGAGAUCCCACAAACCAAUGCUAGGACUUCUGGGGUCUGAUACUUUACACUGCCCUCUCAUUAAUUAAUAAAACUUGUGUUGGUGACGUGUUCACUUUUUAAUAAAAGUAAUAUUACUAUAACUCUCCCUACCCUUAAAUAGAUUUUGUGGCUUGUUUUCCAUAUUAGAGCAGUCUUCUCGUCUGAUUUUUCUUAAUGUAUUCUAUUUACGUGAUGUACUGUGACCAUGCAUAGGAGAGGAUUCAUGGCCAGGGAUUGUAACACAAUGUGAAUUGUAUGUGUGCAAUAUGACCUGUGUAAUACAUUUAGUUUUAUUGUUUAAUAAAUUAUUUUAUUCUAUAUAUUGUUAUAUACAAUUAUUUGUGUAGACCUAAUUUGCUAGUUUUGGUAGGGUUAUUGUGUAGAACUUGAUAUCUUCCAGUUAAAUAAAUAUUUGAAGAGAGCCUAGAAACAGGAUAUUUGCGUAGGCAAAUCAACCAGAUCUCUUUGUAUCCUAAACUGAUUUUGCACAGGAAACACUUCAUAUUACUUUAGCACCUUGGCAGGUUGUACAGGAAAUGGUAUCCUUGUAUGAGCUGAAUAUGCCAUUUCUUUGUUAAGAGUACAAUGCAUAUUUCAUUGUUCUAUUAUGCAUAAUAACAAGUAGACAAAAACUAGACUUGUGCACAAACCCUGUUUAGCUGUACUGAAAACAUAAAUUGCCUGUUAUUCUCUGGACAAACAAAUUGAUUCAUAAAUCGCGGUCAAAACAGUUUGUUCAGGUAUUUGAUUAAUUCGGCACAGCUAGAAAAAACUGUAGAAAGGAUCCAUUGACCUUGAUAAUGAGGUUCAUGAGAGAUCCAGGACAGCAAAGGCCUAGUCUAGAAUUGAGUGGUCUGACUGGCAUUUGUACCCAUAUCUGUGUACACAUUCAGUUCAUUCUUUACUAUCUGGGGUCUUUUUUAUUACAUAUAUUUUUUUUUCUUUCAUUACGGAAGUUUCUUGUUUUCCGAUUAAAUGCUUUUGUGAAAGAGAAAAAUGUGUCACAAAAAAACAAGUAUUGUAUGAUCCUCUUCUGUGCCCUGGUUUCUGGAUAGACGUGCAUGCUAUGCUGGAGUACCUUUUUGCCAGGAAAAUGCUCUGCACCUGCCAUAAUUAGUCUGCAUAUAUGUAAGCAUCAGUCUGGGCAUUCCGUUUUGCUGCUCUGUAUUGGAAAUGUUAUAUUGUGUGAUGUAUUUCCAAACACAGCUACUGGGUGCAGGGUAAGAAAGGGCUGUGGUGUCAUGCUAAUACAAAUUACAUUCAUUUCAAAAAUACCCCACCAACACAUACUGAACACCACGCUCCACUUUCUUUUUUUUUUUUUUGGGGGGGGGGGGGAUUUUUGUUUGUUUUUUGUUUUCUUCUUCUUUAGAGCUGUUUAAUUGUAAUGAGAAGUAUUUGCCAAAUUACAGUCAGAGCUGGCAUGUUAUGUGCAUGCAUCAUAUAUAAAGGCACAGGAAGAGCACAGACUUGGAAGGAGGCUCGUCAUGAUGCAGAUAUAUUUAUCUGAUUGUUGUAUAACUUUACGCUUUUCCUAAUCUAUAAUUUCUUUUAUUUCCACAGGACCUCAUAAAUACUACAUUGGUUUCAGGUAUGUGGAUCCACUGACUGAAGCUGCUAUUGAACAAAUGGAACAAGAUGGAGUAGAACGCGCUAUCGCUUUCACGCAAUAUCCUCAGUACAGCUGUUCAACUACAGGUCGGUUUACCUUAGAAUCUUUACAUUUUCUACCAUAGAGUGCACCACUUUUUUUUUUUUUUUCUGUGCAAAAAUUAGUUUAAGAAGAAUUUAAUUAUUUUCUGAGAAUCCACAUCACAAAAGCCACAUCCCAUGCACAGCAAAAAGUGAAGUGGAGAUCGAUACUGCAUACAUAUCAAGGGGUGUAGAGUAUGCAAUUUAUUACAUGCAAAAAAUGUUCAUGCUAUUAAAUCCCAAAUUCCCCUCAUAUUAGUAUAGAACCUGAUUGCUUUAAACAUAUAUUGUUGGUGCAGAUGCAAUGGAGACUUGCUGAUCUACAAGAUCCAGUUCCACACAAUCUACUACAGGCAAAAAACCCUCCAAGUUUACAUAUAAAAAAAUAUAAAAAUUUCUAAUCUAUGGCACUUAAAGUAUAGAAACGUGUGGGACAGGGUGGGGAGCAUAAAAGAGGGUUUACAUGAGCCACCUUUCUAACCAACAUGGGGAAAAAUGUUAGAAGCCUUAACAUAGUUUGUCAGUAUGAGGUGUGAGGUUUUUGUUAAUUUUUUAUUUCCUUCUUAUUAAUAAAAUGCAUUUCUGUGAGAAGCAUCUGAUUUGGGUCUGAGUAGCAUUUCUAUAAGAAACAUUGAAUUAGACUGAGGAAAAUGUUAAAUAUAAAUAUAUUUCUUUUUAAGAGUUUUCCUUUACUUGUACAGUUUAUUUAAAUUCUUUAAUAGCAUGAUGGACAGCACAGACAAUAUAUAGCUUCUUGCUUUAGGGGUAGCCCUUAGUCAAAGGCUAGUCAUGUUAUUAAUGUUGUCUUGAGGUUUAUGAAUUUUGAUGGAUUAAAUAGGCAGUUGUGUUUUAACCUUGUCAGUGAAUGUCAUUUAACCUAGGACUGUUGUGCUUCCAAAGUUCAUAAUUCGGCCCCAUAAGUAAAUGUGAAGUCUUUCUCCCCCACCCCCCCCUGUUAUCCUUUUGGAAAAUUGCUAAAAUAUUUUUUGUUUUUUCUUCUUUCACAGGAAGCAGCCUAAAUGCAAUAUACCGGUAUUACAAUUCAAAAGGUGCAAAGCCAAACAUGAGAUGGAGCAUUAUUGACCGAUGGCCGACACACCCUCUGCUUAUCCAGGUGGCCUCAUCUUCUCAUUCAUUGUACACCCUUACUCUCUGUCCGAUAAAUAUUUAGUUACUCUUACCUGAAGAUCACUUCCAUCACAAUGUAAUCUGUUAUUAGAUGGGGACUGUUGCUGGGAGUUGUGGCAUAGACGAUGAAUGGCUGCAUGGACGCCAUAUUGAACCUUUCCUUACAUCCUUCCAGAACAAAAUUAGAUAUUUGGAUUUGAUAGCAAUUUGGCUAAUAUAUUGUGCAGAUCUGCUUUUAUUUUGUAGUACAAUAAUGUAACUUUUUUUUUUUUUUUAAAACCCUUUAAUGAAAAAUGCACUUUAAAAGCUUUCCCUUCUGUUACAAUGCUGUGAUUUGUCUCCUUGAAUAGACCUAUUGUGGACAAUUAUUAAGUGUUCCUUAUCUUUGUAGUGUUUUGCAGAUCACAUUACCAAGGAACUGAGCAUGUUUCCUGCUGACAAACGAGGAGAUGUUGUAAUUCUGUUCUCUGCUCACUCGUUGCCCAUGGCAGUAAGCAUUUUAUUCUUUCUAUUGCCGACUUAAUUUGCAUGUUUUUAGUGAACAUAACAGAUGAUGAUGGUCAAGGUGAAGUUUUCAUAUAAUGUGAAAGUCCAGUCUGCUGGUUCCUAAGCAGAGAGUAGCUGCAUUGGGCUUACCAGCUUGCUACAGUUUCAUGUUUGACAGCCUAUCACAAAACUGUGAAUGUUCUUGUGCAUUUUGUGUCCACACACUACGACCACAAUAGAAUAUGUGGAACAUAGGCUGAAAAAUGUAGUUCAGUUUGGGAAGCAGGAGAUGUGUGCAUUUGGUAUGAGAAAGCUGGUGUAAGGGAAAAGAAGUGACUCUCUAUUAAAGGGUUACUCCAACCCUUUAAAAAAAAAAAAAAAAUUGUUGUUGUUUAAAAGGCCCUAUAGGGCAUUCGUAUUGGCUGCCUCCUUAGAAGCUAUAAAAUGUAUUUUUGCUUACCCUACAUCCAGCACCAGGCGAAGCUCCUGGCACUGAUCUUCCAGUCACUGUCCUGACAUCCCUGCAUGUGGGCAGUCCACUCAUAGGCUUCUCAUGGAAACUGGUGCUUGGAUCGUUUCGUUAGCUCAAAGUACAUGCUCGCAAUCCGAGCCAGAGAUGGGAUGGGGGGGUGUGAGGAAUAUUUUAAAAAAUACACCACCACUUACCACUUUUGUCCAGCAUGAAAAUUUACCAUUAAUGACAACUCGUUGUACUCUAUCCUUAAGCCAAUGUUCUACCCAAGAUCAAUAAUUUUCAUCUAGACCAAUUUCUUUUAGUUUGAACACUAACCUAUUGUGAAGAACCGUAUCAAAUGCCUUGGCAGAAUCCAAGUAGAUCACAUCCACUGCAACACCCUGAUCUAUACUUCCACUUGCAAUUAAGUUAGUUUGACAUGACCUAUGUUUCAUAAAACCUUGCUGAGUUUUACUAAUAUUGCUGUUUUUUUUUAUAUAUAUAUGUAUAUAUGUAUAUAUAUUUUUUAUUUAUAUAUAUAUAUGUGUGUGUGUGUGUGUGUAUGUGUGUAUAUAUAUAUAUAUAUAUAUAUAUAUAUAUAUAUAUUCAUUUAUGUGACUAAAAUCUCUCAAGCACUUCAAAGUUAAGUGCAGAAAUGUGUAGUACCAUACUGCUACCACUUGGGUGAGCAGGAUGUCACACUACUAAAACAAUGAUUCAGUCCCCUAUGGUGAAUCGUAAUAGCUACCAACCAAGAUAAAUAUCUGUUACAUAAAGUGCUGCUCAAUCUUGGAAUGUAAAAUCUAAUUGAAAUAUCCUCAAAAUAAUGGCUGAAAAAAUUUGUUUAAGGACUAAAACUAUAUUAAUGGUAGACCAACCAGAUUAAAUCUAUUUCAAAGUAGUUCACCUUGAUAUAAAGUCUCAAAGUAUACCUACCUCUCCCAAAAUCAGCUAUUUUAUAAGACAAUAGAGCACAACUAGGAGGGAAAAACUGUAUAAGUGCAAAGUUGGCAUGAUUUAAAGAUCUUAAAAGAGAUGUAGUUUUGCUUUUCCUCUAUUUUCUAAACGAGCAGCUAAACUAUUUAGCUCUAGUGUAUUAAUUUUUUAUUUUUUUGGGGGGAGGGGGAGUUAAUGCAAAAGUAAAACCUAUCUGUGUUUACAUUAUAUAGACAAUCUUAAAUACUGCCAUCUUGUGGUAAUACCUUGGCACUGUUGGCCACCAGUAGAGCUUUUUUGAAAGUUAUUAAAAUAUGCAAGUGACCGUUCCACUUUGAGCCUUUACUGCAAAUAUCUCUCCACUCUACCCAUGAUUGAAACCGGGAUGAAAUGCAGUGACUGUAUGUUUACUUAACACUUUUACUAAUAUCCAGUUGAAAGAUCUAUUACCAUACGAAUUCUGUUUUGGUUCGGCAUUUCUUGACUCUAUCCCUUUUACAUAGAGGGAGUUUUCUAUUUUGCACCUUUUUUUUGGAAGGACUUUACUGGUUUGGUUCCUCUAAUACAGGGAUUAUUGUAGAAGACCAAGUAACCGAGAACUGUGUGUUUAGCUUUAAAUCUCGCUCUUUCCAGGUUGUCAAUCGAGGGGACCCAUACCCACAAGAAGUUGGUGCUACUGUACACAAAGUUAUGGAGAAAUUGGGCUUUUCAAACACCUACAGAUUAGUGUGGCAGUCCAAGGUAUGUCUUACGUGAUCUAUAGUUCUAUAGUUGGAAUAUCCCAUAUCUCAGUGACCUGAUGUGACCCCAUAUUAAAUAGUGUUUUUGUUUUUUUUUUAUUUUGGCUACUUUUGAGAGACACAAAUGUAAUUUAUUUUUGUCUAUAAAAACAGCUAGCAUUUCUGACUUGUGCAUCUCAAUACGUUUUCUCAGAUUUGUUCCCUUGUUGAUUUCAAACGAAGCUAUGCUCAGCUUGAAGAUGUAUUGCUGAAUUGCCAAAGCGUUUCCAUGAUCUGGCCAAGGCAAGAGAAAACUCUGACUAACGCAUCUCUGCCUUUUUCUCCGCAAUGGGAAGAAUACUUUUCCAUAAAAGGAAAUGGUCAUGUUUAAUGUUAAUAAAUAAUUAAAUAAGAUUUUUUUUAUUUUUAUAUUUUUUUUUAUUAUUAUAGCCUCUGUGGGGCCAUCAUCUUUGAAGCAUUGGGAACAUCUCAAAAAUUCAGGGAGCAUCUCCAAAAUGCAAUCUUGGAUGGUUUCAAACCUUCAAAUUCUUCUUAGCACAUAUAGGAAGCUUCCAACCAAAGACAGCUAAAUAUGACUGAAUGUCAUUCUAAAAAAGUAGUCAUUUCAAAAUAAUGCACACCAAGACUGUAUUACAUUAUAAUCUUCUAUCUUAUUUUACUGAACAUUUCAUGAAUAAUUCUGACUUUAAAUUGUUUUCAAAAUAAAAACUAAAAUAUUUAAAAACUAGGGGUUUUCUGUUUUAGAUUUUAAAACCUUGGCUAGUAUAAUUUGUAUAUAAUUGUUUACAGGUAGGACCAAUGGCCUGGCUUGGACCCCAAACUAGUGAAGCAAUUGAAGGCCUCUGCAAGAGAGGAAAGAAGAACAUUUUGUUGGUCCCCAUUGCAUUCACCAGUGAUCAUAUCGAAACACUCUACGAGUUGGAUAUUGAGUACGCACAGGUUUUGGCAAAUGAGGUAAAGUCACAUUUGUGUAGACACGGAUGAUGUUGUAUCAUCGUUCAGUUAUAUGUAAAGGGUGCCGGUGUCACACUAAAAUGUCAUGGAUGGCAGUGCGUAAUAGGAAUUGUUACGAGCAAUUUCACCUAGAAACCAUUAGACCAUCUACAAAUGACACAUCAUUGGUAUUCGAUUAGUCCUAAACUAAUCUGUGCACAACAUUUACAUUAAACUGGAUUUCCAUACCAAGAUCUGCGGGAUCCUUGAUGUUCCACCGACAUUACACUAUACCCUCAUAAACCACAACAUUAUAACCACUGACCAGUAAAGUGAAUAACAUUGAUUAUAUCAUUACGAUGGCACCUGUCAAGGGUGCUUGAAUUUCAUAUGUUGAAGCAGGAAAAAUGGGCAAGAUAAAGGAUCUAAGUGACUUUGACAAGUGCCAAAUAGUGAUGGCUAGACGACAGUCAGAGCAUCUCCAAAACUGCAAGUCUUGUGGGGUGUUCCCGGUAUGCUGUGCUUAGUUCUUGGCAAAAGUGGUGUAAGGAAGGCCAACCGGUGAACCAAUAUUAGUCAUGGGUGCCCAAGGAUCAUUGAACGUGGGGAGCGAAGGCUAACCUGCUGGUGUCAGAACACAGUGCAUUGCAGAUUUUUGCGUGUGGGGCUGUGUAGCCACAGACUGGUCAGUGUCCAUGAUGACCCUUUUCCACUGCCUUCAGUAGAGACUUGAGCAUCAGAACAGGACCAUGGAGCAAUGGAAGAAGGUUCCCUUGUCUGAUGAAUCACGUUUUAUUUACAUCCUGUGGAUGGCCAGGUGCAUGUGUCAUUUACCUAUGAAAGAGAUGGCAGCAGGAUGCACUAUGUGAAGGUGGCAGGCUGGUGGAGGCAGUGUUAUGCUCAGGACAAUGUUCUGCUGGGAAGCCUUGGGUCCCAGCAUCCAUGUGGAUGUCACUUUGUCAUGAACCAAUUAUCAAGCGAUUGUUGCAGAUCACAUACAGCUCUUGGUGGCAAUGGUGUUCCCUGAUACCACCGGCCUUUUUCAGCAAGAUAAUGCACCCUGCUACACUGUAAAAAAUAUUCAGGAAUGGUUUAAGGAACAUGACAAAGCAUUUAAGAUGUCUUGUCCUCUAAAUUCCCCAUAUCUCAAUCCAAUUGAGCAUCUGUGGGAUGUGCUGGGACAAAUGGCUGGGGGGGGUGAUGGCCUACCUUGAUUUAUUACCUGGUGGUCCGAUGGUCCACAGAGCUGCAGACCAUGUAAUCUCGCGAGACUAUCAGAUCGUUGCCGUGGUAACCCGCGGCAAUGCUCUGAUUGGCCAGUUUUCGCGAGACACAUGGUCCGCAGCUCUGCUCACUGCGGAGCUGCAGACGUGUGUCUGCAAUGGUGGCCGGGCAGCCAGGAGGGGCCUCGUACCCGGCAGCAUACCGGGCAAGCCGCUGAGCCCCCUCCUGGUGUCGGGUCCUCAGUCACUGAGUUAUGGAGUCACUGACUGAGGACCCGACACAGUCUGCCCACAGGUGGUUUAGGCGGCCGCCUAAUUACAGAGCCACCUCUGUUUGGGAGUAUAUGUGUGUGUUUGUAGAGAUAUGUUCACUCAUGGGGAAAAAUGGUCGUGGUUUUACAUAUCUGGACAUAACACCCACCUGUUCCUAAGCAGGUCUUAAAAUUGGGUAAAUACAACCUCAGAUGAGCAACAGCAUCUGAUAUAUUACACUUUGCCAUGAUUUAUUUACAAAAAGGAAGCCAAAAUGGAGAAGCCAUGUGAAAAUCUAAGUAUACCUUCUGAUUCAAUAGCUUGUGGAACCACCUUUAUUAGCAAUAACUUGAGGUAAGUUUUCUGUAUGACUUUUGUCCCACUCUUGUUUACAACUUUGCUCUAGUUCAUUGCAGUAUGCUGGCAUUAGUUUAUACACAGCUCUCUUAAGGUCCUGCCACAGCAUUUCAUUUUUUAAUUUUUAUUUUAAGUGUUUUCACUCUUUAUUGACCGUUUUACAAAAGGAACAGUACAACAACAUGCACGUGCAGAUACAGGGCAUACAACUGGAGUAGAUUUAUCAAGGAAACUUAGCUUCAAUGUUAGAACAUAUUGUGCAGGACAGUGUGUCUAGGGCUGCGUAAACAGUUAUUUAAAGGAGCGCUAUAGGUUGAGAAAUACAAAAGCUCUUUCCUGACCCUAUAGAGUUAAAAACACCAUUUAGGUGACUGCCCCUUGCCUCCAUUAAAACAUACCUUUUUAUUCCAGCUCCGCGUCGGUGCACUGGUACCGCUCUGAUCCACCUCCUUGGCUGAGCUCAUCAGACUUGACAAUCUCUGCCAAUCCAAUUGUUUCCUAUAGGAAAGCAUUAGGAGGCUAAUGUGCAUGUGCAGCAAAACGCUGUGUUGCGUCAAUCAGCAUCUCCUCAUAGGGAUGCAUUGACUAAGUGCAUAUCUCUGGGGAAAGCUUAGUGCCUCCAUGCAGAGCGUGGAUACGCUAAACAUCAGUGCAACAUCACAUUGUGCAGCACUGACCCAGGAAGCACCUCUAGUGGCCAUCUGAGUGACUGCCACUGGAAGUCUCCCUAGGCAGUAAUGUAAACCCUGCCUUUUUCCUGAAAAGGCAGUGUUCACAUGUAAAUGCCUGCAGGGUAAUAAUAUACACCAGAACAAGUUGUAGUUGUUCUGGUGACUAUAGUGUCUUUUUACCUCCUACAUGACAAAUGAGGAGUGAGACUGCAGGGCCAUGAACUGUACACCAAAACUGCUUCUCUAAGCUAAAGCUCAUUUUGUUGCCUUUAGUGUACCUUUUUUAAAUCCUCUGAAACAAUCCUUUAAUUUUUUUUGAGUGUGAAAAACUUGCAUUGUUAUAACUUUUUGUAUAAUAAUCUGUCCUUUUUUGCAGGUGCUUUAGAACAAUUGAGAGUAAAGCAUUUUUUUCCCUUUUCUUCAUUGUUUUAUUUUUAGUGUGGCGUUGAAAACAUCAGAAGAGCUGAAUCCCUUAAUGGAAAUCCAUUGUUCUCUAAGGUAUCAGUAUUGUUAUACUUGCUUUAAUGCUAUUGACUGUAUCCCAGUGAUUAUCGGUUCUCACUUCUAACCACUACAACAAUGUGAAAAUCUAUUCUUCUUAAGUGGGAAGCAGUCUAGCCAAGAAUAAACAAUACAAGGCUUUGCAUGGAUGUCUGUUACACCUUAAAGCAUUAGACAUCACAAGCUGCACUUUAACUCUUUCAGCAAAAAUGGAAUGAGCAAAAGACCACUUCUCGAACGAUCAAGCCACAUAUUAUUUUGUCUUCUAGGCCUAUAAUGGAGAAAUAAAUAGUGUUUAACAGUUUUUUUUUUUUGUUUGUUUGUUUGUGUUUAUCAACAAAAUUAUAUUCUAUAAUAAAAAUAGUUUUAUGUGCAAAUUUAUAUAACACACACGAUUUUUGAUUUUAUACAGUAAAGGAGAAGAUUUAAAAAAAAAAAAAAUGAGAAGUGGUCCUCCAAAAUGUAUGAAUUGUACCAAUAAAGGUAUAGAAUGAAAUACUUGUCUAAUUAAAUAUUGCCAUGAAAAGUCAAAUAGUUAGUACAGAGAAAGAUUCCCCGGUUGGAACCCGCUUUUAACAUUUAAAGGUAAUUUUCUGCAUGGUGCCAAAUGUGGUUUUGCAAACAAAUUAUGCAAAACACUGUUCCACCUUGGGUCCUUCCACUUUGUUUUCAUAACAUAACAUAACACGAACAAAUUGUGAACUAUCUAAAGGAAAAAUGCACACAUGCAUAUCCCAUAGUGCUCUGCUGUUGGAGUUUAUGGGACAAAUAAAGUUCUCAUAACCUUUUUGUGGCAAUGUUUCACAAAACAGACUAAUAAGAUACAUAUAGCAUCUAGUAUUACCUGGAGGGCCUCUUUAAUGUUUCAAGUGUUCUAGGAGGUGCUUUAACACUGAAAGGAAAAUAAACUAAUAGUUAAAGGACCACUAUAGUGCCAGGAAAACAUACUCGUUUUCCUGGCACUAUAGUGCCCUCAGGGUCCGCCUCCCGUCCGGCUCUGAAAACUUACCUUUUUCCAGCGCUGGGCGGGGAGCUCUUCUCCUCCCCGUUGGCUGAAUGCGCACGCGCGGCAAGAGCUGCGUGCUCAUUCAGCCGGUCACCUAGGAAAGCAUUCAUAAUGCUUUCCUAUGGACGCUUGUGUGCUCUCACUGUGAAAAUCACAGUGAGAAGCACGCAAGCGCCUCUAGCGGCUGUCAAUGAGACAGCAGCUAGAGGAAAUAGGGGAAGGCUUAACCCAUUCAUAAACAUAGCAGUUUCUCUGAAACUGCUAUGUUUAUGAAAAAAUGGGUUAACCCUAGCUGGACCUGGCACCCAGACCACUUCAUUAAGCUGAAGUGGUCUGGGUGCCUAGAGUGGUCCUUUAAUGGAAAGGGUUUUUGAGGCUUUCAUUUGCUUGUUUUGAGAUUUGAUAUUUAUUUAUUUUUAACUUAAAACCAUGGGGUUUAUACACAAAUGAGAUUCAGGGAGAAUUGAUCAGGCAAGUGCAAUGCUUAAUGUAGAAAAAUAAAUUCACUCACUUUUUUUGUUCCUGCUCAGAUAUUGUGCUUUAAACCUUACCAUUUUGUUACCAGUUAUCCACAAUGCUGGGUUCAAAGAAUAGAUUCCAAUAUUUUGAGAUUUGUAUGCCUAGUGCUUGUAAGCUACCGGUACUUUUCUUUUUCUUUUUAAACUUUUUACUUUUUUGUUUGUUUUAUUCAGGCCCUCGCAGAUAUAGUUCUUACACAUAUCAAAUCCAACGAGAUCUGCUCUAAACAGUUAACUCUACGCUGUCCUAUGUGUGUUAAUCCUGUUUGCGGAGAAGCUAAAUCUUUCUUCAUCAAUCAACCGCUUUAAGCUAACCAGAAAGAACACAGUCCACUCUGAUGAACGAAGCCAGAAGCCUUGUAUUAAUUUGUUUUGUUUAUUUUUCUUGUAUAGGCAUAAAUAUAUGUCUUUUUUCAGGGGGUACAAAUAAUACUUAAAAGUGAAUCAAUCUUUCAUGGCUAUUUUAUUACUGUUCUACAGUGAUUUGAAUGAUGCAGAGACUUUAAGGCAAUGAUCUCUUUACUCCUCGUUAAAUUAUUUUUAAUUGCAGAAAAAUAAAACACAACAGCUACAAUAUUAGACUUUAAAACCACGAACAAUGCAAUAUAUAAACUUUUUUUUUUUUUUUGCAUUGAGGAAAAAGUAUGCAUAAUUUUGUAUAUUUAUAAAAAAAAUCUUUAUGUCCCCUUUAACCCCUUAAGGACACAUGACAUGUUUGACAUGUCAUGCUUCCCUUUUAUUCCAGAAGUUUGGUCCUUAAGGGGUUAAAAGGGAAUUAUUAGUGCUUUGAGAUAUGGAAUGAAAGGGUCAGUAGUGAAAGCUUAUUGAAGAAUGAAUAAGAAACUAAAAUUUGCCUCUCAGCCCACACAAAAAUAUGUACCACUGAGCAAGUACCUUCAAGAGAAACCAAAACUUGGUCCAUUUCUCAUUUAAUAAAAACACUUGUGCAUAUAAAGCUUAGUCAAGGGGGUAUAAACACAAACUAUACAGGGCAGCUCACUAAGAAUGAGUGUCAGGCCUUAAAGAGAAUAGGCAGGGCUUUUACAAUUUAAAGUAAUUUGCUACUAGCCAGGCCUUAAAAGUUACUUGCCACUGCCAGCUAUAGUAUACGUUCUAGGGGUGAAUGUCCACUUGACAGUGCUACAUUUUUACUUGCUGAUUGCUCGGUCCCUGCAGCCGCUCCCCAACCUGAGCCUCAGUGCCCUGUUGUGGUCUUUCAUAGCACAUUUGUAUUGUGGUUUAUGCUCUGGUUACUGACUUUGGCUAGUUUUCUGUGAUCCUUGACCUCUGCUUGUACUGACUACGCUCUCUUUUACAUAGCCCAGCCAUUCUAAGGACCAGUAUUGCAAUUCUGUCUGCGUGUUUGGGUUCUCCUGGUAAUCGUGACACUGAUGGCUAGUGGCAAGUGGAAAUUUUGAUCCCUGUUUGGGGGUAUAUCUACUAAAUUGUAAAACAAAUUACACAUUUUAUUUAUUUUCUUUUAUUAUACAUCAGAAUGUGGUAUUUGUAAUUUCAUACCUUAUGUAAUCAUAAUAGAGGGCAAAUUACACAUUUUAAUGGCAUGUUCCUUUAAAUACGUGGAUUGUCCAUUCCAAGUGGAUCAACCCAAAACAUAGAGGGAUAUAGAUAUAUAAUGUGCCAAGUUCUUAUAAGUAAUCAUAAGGAAUGUUCAAUUGCUCUCCUUGGCAAAUACUCCACUUUAAAAAUGUUGCCCCAGAAUUGCUUCUUUUAGGUGCCUUUAAUAUAGUGAGAAUUUAAAAUUUUUAAGGCCAAAGUGGUCAGACUAGAAGCAUAGCUGAUGUAGAGAUUUUUUUUUUCCCCUUCAGUUCUGUUAUUUUAGCCUUGUAUUUGACAUUCACAUUGUCCUCUCAGUUUUUAGUAAAUGAGCCUGUUUAUGCAAAACUCUCAUAGUGUGAAAUAAAGUAGAAUUCUGUGGCCUUGGAAUCUAACCAUUAGGGAACGUUUGGGGCAUGAGAUACAAAUCAUGAAAUGUAACAGAAGCAAACGAUACGUACUAUAUAUUACUUAAUAGAAGAAAUGCACUUGAUUGAUACAUAUCUGUAUCACUUCUUCUGUUCAAUAACGGCAAUUUAUUUAGUGAAGGUGGGUCAAGUGAAAUAUUAUACUUAUAUUUUAUUUCCUGAUUUUUUUAUUUUUUUUACAUUUUAUCCAAUACAUUUUAUUCUUGCAGUUGCUUUGGUUCUAAACCCUUGAUUGUUCAGAUGUGGUGAUGUACCCUGUAACAAAUAAAGGAUUAAUUACAAACACCCCGCUCCCCACCAAAAAUGGAUGCAGUAGUAUAAAUCCCUGGCUAUCAUUUCACAUCUACCAUUAUAUUUAUAUUCUGGGCGAUUAAUGAUCAGACUGCGAGUUCCUCACUGCCUUUUUAGCUGUCCGAUUUACCAGAUAGAUUUCCUUUUUUUAUUAGAGAAUAUUUGUCAAUAUCACUGAGGUUUGAUGGCAAGAGAACACCUAUAUAGGUUUUUUUUCUAAAUAUGAAAGUAUCUAUUUGUAUUAGGUCAUCUAAACAAUUUUAUUACCGAUUUUUUUCCCCCUAACUCUGUUUUUGGCAUGCUUUCUGCAUAUCAGUUUUGCCUUACCUAUAACUUGAUGUUUAGUAGAUAACUUGAAGAAUUCAGAUCAGUCUGCACUUUGUAUAAAAUGAAACUGCGCCUUCUAUCAGACAUAUGAGAUAAUAGGAAAAUAACUAGUGGUUAUUAAUUACAUUAAAGGAUUACUCCAACUAAAAGAAAAAGUGUUUUCACUGAGCAUAAACUAACUUAUUUUCCAAGUUCUCCACUCAGCCUAAUUCCUUCUUCGUGCUGUGAUUAAAUCCCCAUAUGCGGCAUACGAGGCAGGUGAUUUUAAAUAGCCCUGAAAGAUUGUUUGUUUGAAUUCUUUUUAUUUAUUUUUUUUAUUUUUUUAAUGCAUAAACAUUUUUUUUGUCUGCACUGAGACAUAUUUGCGUAUUAUGUUAAAACCUAGGUAAUUUAAGGAUCUAACAGCACCACUAGUAAAUAAUACAUGUUCUGGGUCCCCCAAAUAAUGCUUUUCUAGUAAGCAGAGACUGUCAUAAUUUGGAGGAAUGUUUCUUGGUGUAUGAACGGUGAUGUCUAAAAGCUAUAGAUUGAGAGACUGUUACAUAUGGGAACCAUUGUUUAAUGGAAGAGUCCCUGGUUACACCUGUGUUAAUACUGAAGCAAGCGGGUUCCAGGAAGGUAAAACCAGCAUAUUUUUUUUUUUUUUUAAAUGUACAUACCAUGUUUCUUAUUCUCCAUCAUUAUAGCUGAUCUUUUAAAAACAACCCAUGAUUCUGUACACUAAGUGGUGAUUAUAAACUUUAGUAGGACUUAAAUUUUUAAAGCAAAUUGGGUUGACUUGGCAUAAACUUGCUUUGAUAAGCAGCAGUGAUUAAAAUGUUGGCGUCUGAAAUUGAAUUUGCAGUUUAACUGCCAGUCUGCUACUUUGAUCCAAGUAAUGCAGUCUCCUAUCUGUACUAUGCAUCUGCUAAUCUCUAAACCAUUUCAACAAUGUUAUUUAUCAAUACCAAUUGUGACAGAACAAGUGGCUGUAAAGUGACAUGCCGUAUUGCCUUUAUAAUUUGCAGUCUUUAACUCAAAAGGGACACUUUUUAGGCCGUAUAGCCACUUCUUCUCUUUGAAGUGAUUAUAGUGUGUGGAGCCCCCUGUGCAGUCCUUCUGUUCAGAGUUCAACCAUUUCUUGAAUAGCUUAAUGUUACAUGAGCGUUCCCAUCAGCCAAUCUAUCUCUGUGCCUUUGGGUCAUAAGCCCGAGCAGCAAUGGGCGCUAGUGAUUGUCUCAGAAUGUCGGCUAACCACUCUCAGCCUAGCACCGUGGCUAUUGUGGCCUGAAUUGGUUUGGCAAAUGAAGAAUGUAAUCUCUGCCUUAGCCAUACCUCUAGUGGGGGCUGGGAUGUGGGCAGCCAGGGACCCUCAUCCAUUGUCAAACUAUGAAAAUGGUUCAAAGCCUUAAUGGAGAGAUGGAGCCAAUGGAUCCAGGCACUAUACACAACUACAUGAUGUAAUUAUUAUGCAUAUAGUGUCCCUUUAAACUAAUGGAGUACUUAUCAUGUCUUCCUUUGAGUCUACCUGGUUAUUAAACUUACAUUCAUUUCAUGAUUUUGUGUUUUGCUUUUUGUCUCUCUAUUCAUAGAACUGAACUUUUCUGAUCAUGACACUUUGGUAAAUCUGUGUUUUCAUGUCCCCUCCUUCAGUACAAUACAGUUUUUUAGUAAAGAG